UGGAAGUAAAGACAAGCCAUUUUUAUCAUCAUCAACUUGCAUCUCUGCACGUGGCGACAUCUUUUUUUCUGACAAUAUUAAAACGCAACCUGGUUAAAAAAUGAUGCCACAAGAUGUGAGCUCAUCAACACGGAACUCGAAUUGUUAACCCAUGCGUUAUGCUCGUGUCCGAAUUAACCGCAAUGUAGCUUCUUAACAUGCUUUGUGAAAAUAUUCAGUCGCCUCAAAAAUGUGUAUUUAGUUAUUGUAGAUUUAAACCAUUCAAAGAAAUUAAACAGUCCGUCGCACUGGUCAAACAGACGUGAAAUCUGUAUGGUGGACAAGUAGGAGGGGUGACAUGACGACACAGUUCCAUAUCGACAGGAAAACUCCCCAAAUUUGGUGCGACUUCCUGCUGCUCUGUCGGCCACAAUGAUGCGCCUCUACAGCGUGCUGGAGCGUUUACGCGCGCCCGUCAAUCUGGCGCGUAACCGACGUCCGGCCGUAAUGUUUGAACUGUCACUGAGGCUUUCAAGCACCAAAGUUGCACCGCGGUACCGAAGGAUGGACUAUCAGGAUGCUGUGUGCACGCUGAACACCCUGCAGACAAACGCCAGCGCUCUGGAGCAGGUGAAGAGAGAGAGAGGACAUCCUCAACUCCAGCUGCAGGCCAUGAGAGGAUUUCUCCAGAGGGCUGGUCUCAAGGUAGAAGAACUCGAUCAACUCAAUAUCAUUCAUGUAACGGGAACUAAAGGAAAGGGGUCGACGUGUGCCUUCACGGAGCAGAUUUUGAGAAAUCAUGGCUUCCGCACAGGAUUCUACAGUUCGCCCCAUUUGGUCGAAGUGAGAGAGAGAAUCCGAAUCAACGGGCAGCCAAUCGGCAAAGAGCUUUUCACAAAAUACUUCUGGCAGGUGUAUGGGCGACUGGAGGAGACGAGGGUCGCUCAUGGAGGAAGCAUGCCAGCAUAUUUUCGCUUUCUCACGAUCUUGUCCUUCCAUGUGUUCCUCCAGGAGAAGGUGGAUUUGGCUGUCAUUGAGGUGGGGAUCGGUGGGGCGUAUGACUGCACUAAUAUUAUCAGGCGACCCUGGGUGUGUGGCAUCUCCUCUUUGGGCAUAGAUCACACCAGCAUAUUGGGAGAUACCAUUGAGAAAAUAGCCUGGCAAAAAGGAGGAAUAUUUAAGCCCGGUGUCCCUGCAUUCACAGUGAAACAGCCCGACGGGUCGAUGAAGGUUCUUCAAGAGAGAGCUGAAGAAGUUGGGUGCUCGCUGUCAGUGUGUCCUGAUCUGGAUGAGUAUGUGAGCGAGGGUUCGCUCACGUUGGGUUUAGCCGGACAUCAUCAGCGCUCUAAUGCCUCUCUGGCCUUACAGCUCUCGCACGCCUGGCUGCACAGACACUUACUGACAGAUCCUGCGCUGUCUUCGGUCGAGUUCAGUGGUGUGAAUCCAGCUCCAGCGUUUCAGCCCAGUCCUGCGAUGUUCAAAGGUCUUAUGGAGACGGAGUGGGCCGGACGCAAUCAGACGCUAAAACACGGUCCUGUGACGUACUUCCUGGACGGAGCUCAUACCACCCGCAGCAUGCAGGCCUGCGUCCGCUGGUUCAAUGAAGUCGCAACACAACACGAGGAAAAAGCAGAGGGUCCAGUGAUGAGGGUCCUCUUAUUUAACGCUACAGGAGAGAGAGACUGUGCUGCUAUGCUUAAACUGCUUGCGCACUGUCAUUUUGACUUUGCCGUGUUCUGCCCGAACAUCACAGAGAUUACAAUGACCUGUAAUGCAGACCAGCAGAACUUCAACGUCUCCGUUGAAAACAUGCUCACCCGUUGCCUGGACAACCAGCAGAGCUGGCGGGUUAUGAACGGCCAAGAGGAGAAACCAGACGCGGAGCUUCUUAUCAGGGGCGGUCUGCCACUGGUGGCGGAAAGACACAGCGAUACACUGGUGUUUCCUUGCAUCCUCAGCGCUCUCCAGUGGAUUAGUCAGGGAAGAGACUCUGUCCUGUCAGACCCAAACAAAUGUGUCAUACCUGUUAAACCGAGCGUAAAUGCAAAAGCUGCUGCGCUGAGAGAGGCAACAAACAUACAUGUUCUCAUCACAGGUAGCCUGCACCUAGUGGGAGGAGCUUUAAAACACUUGGAUUCUGCUUUUAACAGUCAAUAACAGAUGUCGGACAUACAGCCAAACUCAGAACACCGCAAGAGCACCACCUAGUGGCUAAAAUCUGUUACAUUGCUACAGUUUUCGGUUUUGUCUUCUGUUAAAAAAUUCCCAUUGAAUCCCUGACUUUGGACCGACUUUUCCUAUGUGUUUAAUCCACAGAACACAUCAAAGCAUCUUCACUUGAGCUGUUAAUGUUUAAUAUUAGUUUUAUUUGAAAUACUUCAAGUACACUGUGUUUACUUCAUAUAUGUUUUUGUUUUACACUACAGUUUUGAUGUUCGUAACCAGAUCUCUUCAUAUGGGAUUUUUGAAGUCCGAAGUUGUCGUGUUCUGGAUUUAUUUUUGCAGUUAAAAACACAGUUCUCCAUUACAAGUAUUGAUAUUUCACAUGGAACAAAUGCAUAGGGAACCUGUAAUGCUUCUAUAUCACGGAGAAUCAUCAACUUUCAUAAAAAAUCAAAAUGUGUCAAGAUGUUUUUUGUAUAUGUAUAUAUAAUUACAUAUGGACAACUCAAAGAUCGUUGAGGUAAAAACCUACAUUUAAAUGUGUAAUGUUAAUUUAAUUUCUAAAAAUACUUUGAACUUUAAAGAAUGUUAACUGUAUAUAGUUUGUAAACUAACGUCUGUAGAUUUUGAACAUGUCAGGUUGGUGUUUGUGAUGUUUUUUAAUUGAUUUGUUUAAUAGUGUUAUUAAAAAAAUAUAUAAAAAAAACAAUAAAAUGUGUAAUUAUAUAUGAACAUCUAAA